AUGUCUGCCCAAGACGCCGCCCAAAUCCCAGCCAUUACGAAGCUCAAUCUACCCACUCCGGAGGAGUAUCAGAAACGCAAAGUCGCUCUUAUCUCAGGGAUAACGGGACAGGAUGGCUCAUAUCUGACCGAGCUGCUGCUUGACAAGGGGUACCAAGUGCACGGGAUCAUUCGUCGCUCGUCCAGCUUCAACACCGGUCGUCUGCACCAUCUCUACGAGGACCAGCAUGAACGCCCAAAUAAAUUCAAGUUGCAUUACGGCGAUCUCUCCGAUAGCACGAAUCUCGUGUACAUCAUAGCCUCCGUCCAGCCCACUGAGAUCUACAACCUGGGAGCUCAAUCCCAUGUUAAGGUGUCCUUCGAGAUGGCCGAAUACACUGGCGAUGUGGACGGGCUAGGGACUCUGCGGCUACUAGAUGCCGUUAGGACUUGCGGGCUGCAGAAUCACGUACGGUUCUACCAGGCAUCAACAUCAGAGCUGUACGGCAAGGUUGUGGAGACGCCGCAAAGCGAGACGACACCCUUCUAUCCUCGUAGCCCCUACGGGUGCGCCAAGUUGUACGCGUAUUGGAUAGUGGUCAAUUAUCGGGAGGCGUAUGGGAUGUUCGCGUGCAAUGGGAUAUUGUUCAACCACGAGAGCCCCAGACGAGGGCGGACUUUUGUCACACGGAAGAUUACAAGGGCUGCGGCUGAUAUCUCCUUGGGAAAGCAAAGCUGCUUGUAUCUGGGGAACUUGGAUGCUCAACGAGAUUGGGGACACGCUCGUGACUACGUUGAGGGGAUGUGGUUGAUGUUGCAGCAGCCAUCUGCAUCAGACUAUGUUUUGGCAACCGGGGAGACUCAUCCUGUGAAAGAAUUCGUAAACAAAUCGUUCAAUGCGCUGGGCAUACAACUCAAGUGGGAGGGUUCUGGGGUGGAAGAGACCGCGACCAAUGUCGCGACUGGCAAAGUUGUCGUGCGGGUGGACCCUCGAUACUUCCGACCCGCAGAAGUCGACCUGCUGCUUGGCAAUCCAGCGAAAGCUGAACGAGUUCUUGGCUGGAAACGAAAGGUCGACUUUGAUUCUUUGGUGGCGGAAAUGGUAGAGGCCGAUUUGAAGUCUGCGAAGAGUUUGGUAGAGGAUCAGAAUUAG